AUGGAAAAUUACAAAAUAAUAGAUUUAGGUAAAACACUGUUUUCCUUCGCACGCCAUAUUAGCUCCUAUGCGCAUGCUCUAACAAAACGUAAAUAAACAUCGUUCAAAAGGCGAUCGCAGAGAUUAUUGUCUACAACUUUACUACAACCCAAUACAGUGUUAGAGGUUAGGUGCCGCGAAAUUAUCAUAUUGAUAAAUUCGGUCGUGUUUAACAAUUACUCAUAUAGUAAAUUCAAAGGUGGAGCUCAUGCUGUUUAAUUAAGAGACCUUCAUUUUGUUAGUGAUUACAAAAUUAUAAACUGAUGCACCUCAGUCACAUGUGAGAAGUGUGCUUCCAGUUUCACACUACCAAACACGGCAGGUUUUCCCCGUUUUCUUCCUGUGAUGCUUUAUAGUUUCUAAAGGGUACUUUUUAUUAUAGGGCCACGUUCACCGCCCGUCAAUAUUCGAGUAAAACCCGCAAAAUACCCUGAAGAAUUCAUUUUAACUUGGGAUGUAAGUAACGCAGUGAAUUAAGGGCAGUUCGACCCAUCUUAUGAGUUCAAUAGCGAAAUAAUCUUAAAUCAAAGUUAAAGUUUAUGUUAUACAAAUAAUGAAUGUUUAUGAGUGCAAUGGUAAGAAUAUUUUCAUGAGGUGAAAGAUGGAAUGUUCCAUUCAACGAGGCGACAGCCGAGUUGAAUGGAACAUUCCAUCUUUCACCGAAUGAAAAUAUUCUUACCAUUGCACGAAGAAACAUUCAUUAUUUGUUUUAUAUAAUACCAAAAGUCCAGAACAGACUAAUAGAAUCGUACGAGAACAUUUUGAGGGAUGCGAUUUAUCGAAAACACAAAGAGUGCAAUUGUACUAUACGUUUUAUUCCAUUGCACUCGCGGAGAGUGCAAUGGAACGUGUUCCAUUGCACUCUUGGGAAAUGGAAUUUUCUAUUCAAUAUCACGUGACCAUAAACAGCCAAUUAAACGAUUAGAAUUUAAUAAGGUAUUAUAUAAAAACUAAUUAACAUAAUUUUUUAUCAGAUAUAAAACCUCCGACAUGGUAGUGAUUUCCUUUGUCUUUUUCUCAUGAAUUGUUAAUGAGUUUUUAAAGCAAAUUAAUUAUAUUAGUAUUAACUAUAUACUUCUCAUAUAUCUAAUUUAGUCUCCUCCCAGAGAGACUUGGAACAGCAAGAUUAUAAAAUAUACUAUAGAACUUCAAGAAGAUGGAAAACGUGGGAAAUUCACCAUCAGUGGUAUUCGAGAAAAAUCGAGAAGAUAUAGACUGACUAGCCUCAAGAAAUAUACAACAUAUAAGAUCAAAAUGAAAACAGUUAACCAGGUUGGCGACAGUCCUUUCUCCCCCGCCAUUAUUUAUCAAACAAAGGAAUAUGGUAUGUAACAAGUACCUUAUCUGUGGGGAGGAGGGGAAGGGUGUAGAAACAUGUCUUGAGAAACGUUCUUCUAGCCAUGUUUCCCAAAGGUUUGGAACAAGUUGUUAUCAUCUUAUAACAAGUUUGAUGAGGCGAACAGGCUCAUAGGCUCCCCCAACAAGUUGUUUCAUCAAGUCCGAUGUCGUUAGUACAGCCGUUACUCUCGACGAAGCGCGCGAGAGAACGUCUGUGAGUUGGAUGCAUAAAGGCCAUUGCAAGGCAUGUUAAACGGUGCAAUGACUCGUGCAACUUGUCUCGCAACGCCAUUGCGAUCAGUUGCAUGAAAAAUUGCACUGUGUAACAGGGCCUUAAUCCUUGUUCAAGUCACGUGGAUAGUUCCCAAAUUUGGGACCGCCUCUGAUUGGACAGUGCUUUAUUUGAAUAAUUUAUGACAAAUGAAGCUAAUUGAUAAUUAGCAUGCGUUUAAAAAAACACAAAAAUUUUAAAAUUUCAGAUCAAGAAUCAAGAUUUCCUUCGGGGCAUACAAAGAUUUGAAAGACUUGAAAUACAAUCUGAAAAACGAUACACGAGAAAUAUAUUGCAUAUAUUUCUCAAUGAAGAGAUUUGUUUUGAGUGCGAACAAUGCUGAACGAUGAUCAUUGCCGGCAAGUCCGGUGUACAAGCCUAUAGUACAAGCUCAGUUCUUGGCGUGCGUAUAUAUGGCGUAGUUUGUUUACAAAGACAAAACAUUAAAGUGGAAGUCAAGUCCGUAUGUAAACAAACGGUUUGUUUACAUUUUGAACUGCUGUAUUUUUUUAAAAUAUGAGUGUACUGUCUGAAUAUCUAACACCAUUUUGGUAAUGGUUCGCUAUGCUCUAAAUGAAUAUGAAAUAGAGUUUAUGUUCAGAAAAAUUCGAAACAUUCGAAAUUUGGGCAAUGUUUACAUUAGAGGUCCUCACAUUGUUAUGAGCAGAACAGAUGCGCAGAACGGACUUGACUUCCACUUUAAAUAUAAACACAACUGGUUAUUUAAAAAGUGCAUUUUAAAGUAAUUAAAAGUUAACUGGCCAAGUAAGACGAAGUUAAACACAUUACAUGUAAAGAAAAUGCUCUAUCGCGAGGAGUCGGGGGGUAUAAACAGAUUGUCAAUUUAUUAAAUUGUCAAUUAUAAAUUGUCAAUUUCCAUCCGAUAGUUUGUUGUAUUUUAUAUAUUUGUCAGCAUUGUUCGCUGAGUUUCCAAACACUAGAAUUUUAUCUUGAUUUUCUUAAACUUCGAUACAGCACAAAAUUAAACUCAACAGAUUAUAUUUCUGGUCUUUCAAACCUUUGUAUGCACCGAAGGAAAUCUUGAUUCUUGAUCUGGAAUUUAAAAAAAUUUGUGUUGUUAUUUUAAAGGCACAGUUCAGCCUUUUGAACGAUGGUUUUUAAGGCGCAUUUGAGCCCUUUUAAUUGAAAAAACUAACUAGGAAAAUCAAUUAAGCAUAAUUCAAAAUCAGUAAACUCGAUGUUUUUAACAAUAUAAAUGUUUUAAAAUGUUAAAAACAUUAAGUUUGGUGAUCUUGAAUUAUGCUUAAUUGAUUUUCCUAGUUAGUUUUUUCAAUUAAAAGGGCUGAAAUGCGCCUUAAAAACCAUCGUUCAACAGGCUGAACUGUGCCUUUAAACGCAUGCUAAUUAUCAAUUAACCAAUGAAAUAGCUUCAUUUGUCAUAAAUUGUUCAAAUAAAGCACUGUCCAAUCAGAGGCCGGUCCCCAAAUCUGGGAACUAUCCACGUGAUCUUAACAAGGAUUAUGCAUCCAACUCACAGACGUUCUCUCGCGCGCUUCGUCGAGAGUAACGGCUGUACACAAGCUAGAUUUCGUCUGCACGUAACAGAUUAUUAACAAAUUCGUAGCAAUUGAACAACCUGUAUAAGGUCUUGUUGGAACAACUUGUAAGUCUUUUACCGUCAUCAACCUGAUAACAACUUGUUUCUAGGCUUGUCACGACAACUGAGAACAAACAGUGCGAACACAUCCUGAUAUUAGCUUGAAAACAAUCUUAUUACAAUUAACUUGUUUGCAGAUCUGUAAUAACUUCUGUAACAACUUCUGUAACAACUUUUACGUGUGUCAAAAACAUAUCUGGUGUUUCCAUUAAUUAAAAUGAUUUCUCUUAGUUCCAGAAGCUCCACCAUCAAAUAUCCGGGCAAUGGGCAAGUCUGGAUCGAGUAUCGACAUUUCCUGGGACGAAGUUCCUGAGUCAAGAAGGAAUGGUAUUGUGCGUGGUUACAAGGUACCUGUAACUACUGUUACGGCGAUAAUGUCAUUUCUGGCGAUUUUAAGCAAUUGUCCAUUGCUUUUGCUGUUGUAAUUAAAAAUGAAAAAGGUGUUUUUAAUUCAGUUUGCUCUGUCCGGCAAAGUAAAACAAACUUUUGCUACUUUAGUAAUCCAAUUAUCAGUCUCCAGAUUGAACAAGAAAGUAAUUAAUUUAUCCUUAGGCAAUGUCUAUUAAUCCAUGAAUUUUGAUAUUAAUAAGUUUUAUGGUUUUUGAGUUAUCUUGCUGACAAACACACACACACACAGGCACACACACACUGACAAACGCGGAUGAAACUAACAAUAUACAACUCCUGGUUGAGGUAACACAGAGUUUGACCAAGUAUCCAGACCGUAUUUUCAAUGACCAUGCAGUAGCUGUCUAUUACGAUUAUAUCUUAGAUAUUUUACCGUCUGGUGCAAUAUGCUCCACAAGACUUCAUUGAGAUCAACCUGAGAAAUGUAAAACAAUAUACACUGGAAAACCUUCUCGGCUACACUCAGUAUGAUAUCAGAAUACUCGCCUAUACUCGGAUUGGGGAUGGGAAACGAAGUGAUCGCCUUCAUCUAUACCCACGAACUUUGGAAACCAGUAAGUAAACAUCUAGCCUGAGCACAGAUCUGCGUUUUGCUGCCCUAAAAUUGGCAGGUGGGAUGGUUACUUGACUUUGUAACAAAUACUCGACGCCAAGUAAUCGGCGUUUACCUGGAUUUUCCGGUCGAUUUCCAUAUUUGUCAUGCUGGUAGGGCCUCUUUUAAGAAUUUGUCAGUGGACGGGCCUUCAAGAAAAAGAGACCCAGAAACUUUGUUGGGGACAGGGAUUUUUGAACCUCUCAUUGGACUUGAUUUUCUUCAGAAUUUUUAGACAAUUUUUUAUAUAUUUCAUCCUCUAGGCAAAGGUUUGGUCAAGGGAAUAUUAAAACACUCUUCCUAACUAAGUCAUUCCUUCCUUUUCUUCUUUACGUAUUUUAGGCAGAAAGGUCCUUACUGGGCGGACGGGGGCAACAUAGGUCACUGGAGUGGCCAACAUUGGGGCUGGGGGGCAUGCCUACCCUGCCUAUAUGUUAAUAGAGGCCCUGUUGUCGGUCGUUUGGAGGUCAACGUGGACAAAAGUGCCAAAUUUUCCUCAGACAUUCAACUUGAUUUUCAGGAUGGGGGAAUGUUAAUGUAUUUCCUUAUUAUAUUAACAUCCUGAAUUCAAACGCUAAUCAGAUCUUCAUCCUUGCAAUCUCUAUCCAGACUUAACCCCAACCUCUUAAUUAACAAAUACUCAGCGAAGUGGAGGUAAAUAGUGUAAUGAUAUUCACCGAAACACGGAACGUUGAGGUGAACAUCAUGCAUGCAAGGAUAUUCGGAGCUGAGCAAUCAAUCAAAUUGCGCGAAGAGCACUAUCCACUUCCCGAGUGUAUGCUAACAAACGUUUAUCCAGCCGGCUUGAUGUCCUACCUAAUCCUUGCCCUAAUCCCUAACAUAUGUGUAAAAACCUCCCGAACGUGACUAUCAAUACACGCUUCCGGAAAGUACGUCGCCUUGGCUAUAGAGCCUCGUUUUGAUGAUAUCUUACACGUUAGGGCUUUUACGAAUGGCACAUUCACGAAAACGAGGCUCUAUAGCGAAAGUGACUAGGUUCUGGAAAGGUGGAUUGACAGCAAUGAGUACCAUAAUGUUCUUUUUCUCUUUUUUCAGUACCUAGCGGAUUUCCAUCUAAUGUGACUUUCACGAAGCGUAGUAACAACAAACUGACCGUAUCCUGGAGACAUCUUAAUCAAAGUUUGCGGAAUGGCAUACUGAUAGGAUAUAUAGUUUGCUAUUCCGACAAAGCAAGAUCAAGUAACCUGAGUUGUUCUCACCAAAAUGCUUACUCGAAUAGCACUGUGAUCAAUAAACUUCAGCCGGCUACAAAGUACUUUGUGACUGUCGCGGCUGCUACGAGUGUUGGGUAUGGACCCAAGAGUAGUGAAAUCAGCAAAAUCACAAAUGGAGGUAAAACACCGUUCAGAUUAAUAUAAAUUUGUUGGAGAAAAUUUGUUAUGGUGGCGUAAAGAUGACAAAAAAUGGUAUCUUUUCAACGGCCAAGUAAUUCAUGAAUACUAUGUGUGUAGCAACUAACACUACCUUCGCACGUCUAAAUAAGAAAUAAUUACAAAGAGAAAAUAUAUGUCUAAUUGACUUUGAUGCUUCAAUACGGAACACGUAUUGUUAAGGCUUUGAGCAAGUUGGCUUAUUCCCUUUUUGCUGGAUUAGUUUUGUUACAGUUCUACUGCAAGUUUCGUGCGGACGCGUGUGCGUCCUUUGUUGAGUGUGAUUAUGCUACAAAUGCAUUCAUUUUAACUUGCUAACUUGCCCAUUUAGGUUCACGAAAACUUGACUUGAAUAUUCCGUUAUUACAAUAUCUUUUUUUAAUAAUAUAGUAUUUGUGAUUUUUUAGAGCGUGUGGAUCCUGUUGCGACGUCUUAUUCAAGUCUAGAACUAACUAUAACCAAACCUGCGUCGCAUAUCAAGUAAGUAUUUGGCAUGAUAAUUAUUAGGGAGCUUUAGAUUUACUACGACUAUACGACUACGGGAUUCGUUGUUUGGACAUGCAUAUGCAUGUAUACGCUAUCUCAUACAAUUACGUAUACGCAUGCAAUAAGCUCGCAGUAUAAAGCGCUUGUUUUACUAUGACACUUUUCAAAUAUCCCGUUGUCAAAAGUCAAUUAUAUCCGCCCUCUAGCAGGAAUCGAGGCUGCAGUCCUUCGCUUCUUUUGCACCGCUCUACCAACUGAGCUACGCAGAGGCAGUUGUCGAGCUCAGCCAGAUAAUAGAGAGUUUGAGCAAGACAACGAAGUACGAAGACGAAGGCAUACUUGACAAUUUUUGCCGUCUGUACAUUAUCUUGCGCAUACUGAGUUGGACGUCACUGGUGGUUGCACAACGUGUCUUCCCAUGUGUCGCUGUUUAUGAAUACUGACCAUAAAUCAUAAUUCUUGCCCUGAUCCAGAAAAAAACAGCGAGACAUAAAACUAUAUAUCCCGUCUUUGUCCUUCUGCCUUCGUGCAGAACGAAGUUCACAACGAAUUUUGCAAAAAUAUUCGUUGUGAACGAAGGCAGAAGACGAAGACGGGAUAUGGAUUCAUGUCUCGCUGUUUUAUCCUGAUCAGGGUAAGGAUUUGGGUCAGCAUUCACAAACAGCUAGACAUGAAUCUCUAAUCUGUCUUCACUCCUGACCCUAAACUCAGAAUGUGCAAGGUAAUGUGCAAGACAGGCAAAAAUUGUCAACCACGUCGUCGUCGUCCGACUUCGUUUUCUUGCUCAAACUCUCUAAUAUUAAUAUGGCGUAAUUCUGAUAAGAAUAAUAUGGCGUAUCCAAAAAACAAAUCUCUUAUAGUCGUAGUUGUAUUCGUAAUAAGAUCUAAACUAUCUAUAACACUUGGCUAAGUUAGAAAAACACAAAGCGAAGAUUAGCCAAACAGGUGAGUGACAUUAUUGCAUGAAGAAUUCUUGGGAUUUUGCAAACAAUGAAAUGCACAUUCCGUUCACGUCAGCUAUAGGCCAACAGGUAUAUGUCAUGAAUACUGAAACUGUCUGUACCAGUGUAGGUAGUACCAAUGUGAAAUUGCUGUGCUGAGUGGUUAUAUUACUACCUGAAAUAAACAAGCAGAAACUCGACGUUUCGAGCGAAGGCCGUUCGUCAAGUCUACUAACUCUUGAAGAAUGUUUCUGCUUGUUUAUUUCAGGUAGUAAUAUAACCACUCAGCACAGCCAGAGGCGUAGCCAGGGCUGGGGCUGGGGGGCGGCCCCCCUAGCAAAAUUUUGGGCCCCCUCUGAUAAAAUGUAUUGUAUAAAAAAGUGAAUCCUUGAUUAUAUAGCUUCAUGCUGUCAAUAAUGCAAAAAUUCUGUAGAAUAUAUGCUUUGCUGCGCAUCAGUGUGAAACCUAAAAUCUUGUUCGCUUAUUUGCGGCACACAGCUUGAAACACAUACCUUUUCUAACCCUAAUUAUUUCAAUAUGUAUUAAAUGAGAGUUAGAUGAAGUUUAAACCAAUCUGUUCUUUUUACCAGUGGAUUUUUAACGCGGGCUCGGUGAAAAAUCACAUGUGUCGACGUGACAAUUAAUUUUAUCCAGCACUGCACAGAAUGUCUUGCGCGAACUUUGCGUCUCGCAUGGGCGUCAAUCCUGGGGGAUGGGGGGACGCGUCCCCUCAGUUUUUGGAGAGGGGAGGACGAAUAUCUAAUUAUUCGUAAACUAAAAACCUAUUGCCUGCUAUGCUAUUCAUCCAGAAUUGUGGUUGGAACGAAGACAUUUAAUAAGAUCUACAACUUAUGACCUUUUUGCAGCCGCUGGGAGCAAAUAGUGACAUCGCAUAUGUUGUAUGAAUACUAAAAAUUAUUCAAAUUGAAUUCAAAUUGGUACAUGUGCAUGUAAUUUACAAACAUUUACAUAAAGGCACUAUUGGUCGUAUUCACUUCCUGUUCUAUAACUGGCAAGCUGCAGUAAAUGAGACAAUAAUUCGUUUUGCUUGUUUUUGUUUGGGCCCCUAUACUUACAUCAUUUCAUUCUUAUACAUUUAGUCAGUUCGAAUUAUUAUAUUGAAUAAGAAAUAAAAGUAUAUAACAAAUAUAAAAUAAAACAUUAAUUUGCAUAUAAAUUUAAUUAUAUAUAUUCAAAGUGGAAGAUACUAUUUAUGUAUAUUUACAGUAAAGAAGGUGAUAAUAUAUUUUAAACUAUUAUACAUCUAUUAUUGAGCUAAUCGACAUAAUCGUAAUUUACUAAUUUAACGACUAAAUUAAGAUUUAAAACUAGAUAAUUUUAUUUUACCAUUACCAAAAGUUCAAAUAUAGUAAAAUUUUAAGCAAAAAGAUUCCAUUUUUGUAGUUUCUCGCCUGAUCCCAAUUACAAAAGUUGUAGACAUAGCACUGCAAUCUAACUAAAUGAAUGACAAACAACUAAUAUAAUUAUAUUUUUAACUUUGACGUGCUUUAUCCCACUUGCACAACUUUGUUUUUUAGCGGAUUUCUCACAUGGUUAAAAAAUGGAUUUAAGGUCAUGCACAUUGUACUAUAUCUUUACAAGUGCCUCCAAAACGCUGGAAAUGCCAUUUCAGUGUACCAAAAAUAAAAAAAAAAUUCGGGUAGCAUACCACCGGACCUUCCUAAUUUGGAGUACUAGUCCGCCCCCCCCCCCAGCUUUUUGGAUAGAUUGACGCCCUUGGCGUCUCGAGUCACUGGCGUCUUGGCCCCACCUGGGUUUUUGCUGGCUCCUCCUGACCAAAAAUCCUGGCUACGCCUCUGAGCACAACAAUUUUAUAUGUCAUGAAGGAGCCCAUAUAUUGGCUUAUCCAGAUUAUGCAUAGUCCAAUGAUUUUCUGUAAUAAUGGCAUGAUUUUAAUUCAGAGAAGUGAUGAUCAUCGUACAAGUUGCUCCAAAGAUUAAUGAAGUGGAAGACAUUGGAGAAAGCGACUUGAAACCUUACCAGGCAAACACGCAAGAUCCUUAUGUCACUGCCUAUUUGAAAGCUGAUGUUCUACCUCUGACAUUCGUGAUCGGUGAUGGCAUGCAAUAUAAUUCUGAAAAACAAAGAUACUCCAACCAGCCUCUAAAACAGAACUCAAGUUAUAUCGUGUUCCUGAGAUUUUUUGAAAGUCAGGUAAUGUAAUUCUGUAAAAGCACAACUUGUGCAUGGCCGUAGGAACCUCGAGGGCAGGGAGGGGGGCUUGAGCCCUCCUAACCUUUAGAAGCAGAGGGCAGCAUGAACCCCCUAAAAAUUCAAAUUUCUAAGUGAAUCUCGAAGUGAAUGCACAGUUGCAGACGUUUUGAGUUUGCUUAAUACAGAUGUAUGACGCAGGGGAAGAUUGAAUCCAGAUUGAAACCUCAUUCUAUAUUUCUAUCCCAAAUUUGACCCCUAAAUGCAGGAAAACGCGUUUUAGAGAGUUUCAAACAUUUUCCCGGGGGCAUAGCGACCCUAUAUAGCGACGGGUCAUGCCUUCGGCGGUUGUCGUUCAGCGCUCGCCGUUCAGCCCCCCCCCCCCCCUAACUUUAAUCAUCUUCCUACGGCCCUGAACUUGUGUGAGUUUAAGUUUCGGAUGAAAAUUUGAUAAUUGAAUAUUUUAUUUUCUAAAGGACUCGUACUACUCGACAGAGUGGAGCAACAGUGUUAGAACGUUGGCAAAACCUCCAG